AUGCGAAAAAUAAGAAUAGCAUUAGUUUCGUUAGACUGGAUUCGCUCAAAAGAUCCGUUAACAAAUUUAGGACACGCAUCUAUACUUUCUACUUUACAAAAAUACAAUUCACAUCAAGUAACAUUUUUAAAUAAUCAUCGAUAUUCCGUUAAAAAUUGUUUAGAUGUAGAUGGAUUUAGUGAAAAUGUCGUAAAAAAUUUAGUAGUUGAUGAACCAGAUUUAGUUGCCUUUGGUGUGUAUAUAUGGAAUGAGUUACACACACAAUUAAUUUUAAAAAAAUUUAGAAAGAGAAUGAAGCAGGUAGAUCAUGUAUCAAUUGGGUUUGCUGGAAAAGGAAGUGGGGAAGGCAAGAUAAUGAUUGAUUAUCUUCGUAAACCAUUAAUUUUAUUAGGAGGUCCUCAGAUUUCUUAUGCGCCAAUUAAUACGCUAGAGAAUUAUUAUCCAGAUGCUGACUUAUUUAUUCGUGGAUAUGCCGAAAAAGCAUUUUCUCAGGUUGUAGAAACACUUUCAACUCCCAACACGUUAGAAGAAGUCAGUAUGAGGUCUUCGCAAUAUCCAAUCACACACCAAAAUUGUUUUCUUCGAUCUAUAUCAACGUCAUUGAAUACUUCAAUGGUUUCUAACGCUCCAACAGCUCUGUUACAUAAAAUUAAAGGGUUACAUCAACGAGGACAUCCUGAUUUAGGAUUACAAGCCGCUGUAGAUAUGACUUCUCUUCCGUCUCCUUUCUUACCUAUAGAACCUUUAGAAAAUAAUUCUAACUCUCAAAGUAAUUCAGUGAAUUCUCCCGUUAUUCCUUUAAAUAAUCGAUCAUUUAUAAGAUGGGAAACCCAACGUGGAUGUCCAUUCAAAUGUACAUUUUGCCAACAUCGUGAUUCAUAUACAGACAGACAACCACUUUCUACACCACGGACUCUCUCCGAAAUUCAAGCGAUAACAGCAUCAUCUGUGAAUGACAUAGCGGUUCUCGAUCCCACAUUUAAUUCCGGUCCAAAUUAUUUAUCAACAUUAGAUAAUUUAAUAAAAUAUAAGUACAAAGGAAAAUUAUCUUUACAAACUCGAUUUGAAAUGAUUAAACCACAAUUUAUAGAAAAAUGUUCAGUGCUCGUUAAUGAAAUAAAUACAAAUAUUCAAUUAGAAUUCGGUGUGCAAAGCAUAAUUAAACAAGAAUCAUUAAUUAUUCAACGAAUGAAUAAUUUAAAAUCAGUUAAAGAAAAUUCUUUAUUAUUAAACAAACAUAAUAUUAAAUUUGAGAUUUCUUUGAUUUAUGGAUUACCAUUUCAGACUAUUGAGAGUUUUAAAGAAAGUAUUAAAUUUGUUAAAGAGUUGGGCGCUGAGAGAGUUGUUGCAUGGCCUUUAAUGUUACUGAGAGGUACUGAAUUGGAGAAAAGAAAAGAUGAAUUGGGAUUGAGAGAAGAAGUUUUGAGUAGUGUGAAUUUGGAUAGUGAAUUGCCUAAAGAACGAAUUAGCGAAGGUAUACCACAUGUUGUAGAAAGUCCAUCAUUUACAAAGGACGAUUGGAAAGAAAUGAUGAGAAUCGCUCAUGAAUUAACAUAA